AUGGAGAGGUUCGGGGAGCGAGCCAGCCGGCUGCUGGAGAAGCUGAAGCUGUCCGACUCGGGCAGCGCCAAGUUCGGCCGCCGCAAAGGCGAGGCGGGCCGAGCCGCGUCCGACGGGGCCCCCGCCUCGCCCAAGGACCGGCCCGGGCGGCCCGGGGACCGGCCCCGCCGCUUCUCCGUCGAGGCCCCGCGCUUCGAGGCCGUCCCCGCCGGCGGCCGGGCGGCCGUCCAGCCCCGGGGGCCGCCGCCCCCGGACACCGCGGCCCCCAGCCCCCGCUCCAGCCUGGCCAGCAGCUCGGCCAGCGAGGCCAGCAAGCCGUCCAGCCCCCGGGCCAGCCUGCUGUUGGACGGGGCGGCGGCGGGGGCCGGGGGCAGCCGGCCCUGCAGCAACCGCACCAGCGGCAUCAGCCUGGGCUACGACCAGCGGCACGGCAGCCCCCUGCCCGCCGGGGGCCCCUGCUGCCCCUCGGGCCCGCCCCCGCCCGCCGCCCCGGGCCCCGGCCCCGACCUCCAGGCCGCCCUCAGCCGGCUGUGCGCCCAGCGGCUGGCCGGGCCCGCCGCCCAGGACAGCCGACACUCCUACCCGCCGGCCCUGGGCGGCCCGGCCGGGGCGGGGGGCGGGGCGGGGGUCGGGCCCGGGGCCGGGGCCCGGGGGACGGCCCCGGAGCGAAGGGCGGCGCAGCCCGGACGCCACUCGGUCACCGGCUACGGUCACUGCGACACCCGGGCCCGCUGCCAGGACGAGCUGGCCGCCCUGCUGCUGCUGGCCGCCGCGGCCGGAGGGAGGGAGCCCGACCCCCGGAGGGACACCCCCGGAGGGCCCGACCCGCCGGGGCCCGAGGACGCCGCCGGACCCUUCCCCCAGGACGGGCCCCGGGCCCGGCCCCGGGACCACGAGCCCAAGGAGGACUACUUCGGCACCUGUAUCAAGUGCAACAAGGGCAUCUAUGGGCAGAGUAACGCCUGCCAGGCCCUGGACAGCCUCUAUCACACCCAAUGCUUCGUCUGCUGCUCCUGUGGACGGACCCUGCGCUGCAAAGCCUUCUACAGUGUCAAUGGCUCUGUCUACUGUGAGGAAGAUUACCUGUUUUCAGGGUUUCAGGAAGCGGCCGAGAAAUGCUGCGUCUGUGGUCACCUGAUCCUGGAAAAGAUCCUGCAGGCCAUGGGGAAGUCCUAUCACCCCGGCUGCUUCCGCUGCAUCGUCUGCAACAAGUGCCUGGACGGCAUCCCCUUCACCGUGGACUUCUCCAACCAGGUGUACUGUGUCACCGACUACCACAAAAAUUACGCCCCGAAAUGUGCUGCUUGCGGCCAGCCCAUCCUCCCCUCAGAGGGCUGUGAGGAGAUCGUGAGGGUGAUAUCCAUGGACCGGGAUUAUCACUUCGAGUGUUACCACUGUGAGGACUGUCGGAUGCAGCUGAGCGACGAGGAGGGCUGUUGCUGCUUCCCUCUGGACGGGCACCUGCUCUGCCACUCCUGCCACGUGCAGCGGGUCAGCUCCCACCAGCCUCCCGCCAACUACGUCUGAGCCGCCGUCCCCGCUGGACCCUUCCCCCGGGCGCUGGAGGGGUCGGGGGGGUGGCCGGCAGCCGGCCGUCCGGCGACGGCCCGCUCCGGUCGGAGGACGAACGGACCUUUUCUGGCCCCGGAGGGAUGGUUUGCGUUGACCACGACGGCUGAGGAUUUCGGACCCAAGAGCCAGCCCUCCUUCCGGGUGGACAGCAGCAGUGGGAGGGACGCACACAUACACACACAUAUACAGAGCCACACUGGGGUGAGGGAGGCUUGCGGAUGAGGUUUACAAAAUGGAAGCCACAUUUGGCCUCUUAACACCUUAGGAAGUGGAGGCCCCUCGGCCCUGACCUGGCGGACUCUGCCAGUCUCCAGUGCCUUUGCUUGGGCAUCACUCUGCCCGCACUCAUCCCAGAGCUGCCUUGCCCUGGACGGGAGGGGGUACUACCUCCUGAAGUCCAGGGCGAAGAGAGCCCUUGGGCCCCUCCGGAGAAAACCCUCUCCCCAGUCCACCUUGGGUUUCCCUGCCUCCCAGCCCCUGACAGGGAUCAGUAUUCUGGUGGAGGGACAGAGAGGGCGUGGGUCUCUCCCUUCGUGUUUGUCGACUUCCUGCCCUGCUGCCCAUUUCUCAGGGACUCCAAGGCACCGGCUGUGGCAGGUCGGGGACGACCCACCCGGUGGGCGCUCACCCUCGCCCCACCUCCAUCCCGUGACCCGAGCUGGCGAGCGGCUCCGCGCCUCAGAGCGGCCGCCCCCAGCUGACUGAGCUCCGUGGAGCCCCCCGACCCCGGCCUGGCCGGACCCCUGCCCCAAGCUCGGACCCACUUCGGUACCUGCCUCGGGCCUGCCCCUCCCCACACGGGCCCCUCCGGGAUGGGACCCUGCCUGCCCCAGCAGCAGCCGGCCCCCGCUCCCCUCCCCUCCUUCCAUCACGUCUUCUCUAAUUUAUGACUCGAGCUUACACUGGUUCCUCCCAUCUCCCGGCCCCGGGGCCCCCAAAGCCAGACAGGAGGCACUUUGGGGCCACACCUCUGCUCUCAGGUGUGGGUGACUGGCGGGUAGAAAUCCCAUACUUGGAAGGGUUCCCCGGCCUCCGAUCGGUGCCGGAGCACACCCCUGGGGGAGAGCAGGGUGGGUCCCUGGGCUGCCUGCCAGGGGGGCCCCGGGCUUGGAGUCCCGCUUCUCUGCACGUGGAUCGGGAGCCCUUCUCGACCCCUGCCAGGGGCCGGGCCGCCCCCACCAGCCACCUCCCCACGUCCCCGUCACGAGCAGGCCCAGGGUCUGGAUCCGGUUUGGAAAAUUUUCAUUUCGUUUUUCUCCCCUUCUCGCCCUCGCCCUGCCUUCCUCUCACCCAGAGACCGCAGGAAGGACCGAGAAGGAAAAUGCACUUUUUUUUGGUAAAAAUUUGUUUCACAGGUGAAUGAGAAAAAAAAAUAAAAAUUGAAAAAGUCUGGCA